GCACCAAACACACAGCCUAGAACAUAGGAUUAUUUUCCUUUAGCCAAAGUGUGGAUAGUGCUUGUCGCGUCUAUUUUAACAUUAUAGAUACUGUAACACAGUAAAUGCGCGCAGUUUGUUUGUUGCGCAAAUAUUAUUAACCGAUGUAUCCUGUUCAUUAGUUCUCCGUCCAUGAGCCACCAAAUUGAGUCAUACCAGCACGAAAAACGAGCACUAGUCUAAAAAAAAUUCAAACUGAGCAACUUCAAGCUCAUCAACUCCCCAACUCCCAAAUUCCCUAUACACACAAUGGUCAAGAAAGUACUCCUUAUUAAUGGUCCCAAUCUCAAUUUACUAGGCACAAGGGAACCUGAGAAAUACGGAACGACUUCCCUUAAGGAUAUUGAAAAUGCUGCCAUCUCCCAAGCUGCAUUGAAAAAUGAUGGUUCGGAAGUGUUGGUAUAUCAGAACAACACUGAAGGGUUUAUAAUCGACCGAAUCCAUCAAGCCAAGACUGAAGGGGUAGGAUUCAUAGUGAUUAAUGCUGGUGCAUACACACAUACCUCAGUGGGUAUAAGGGAUGCACUUUUAGGAACAGCAAUCCCAUUCAUUGAAGUCCACAUCACUAAUGUCCAUCAGAGAGAGCCAUUUAGACAUCAGAGUUAUUUAAGUGAUAAAGCCGUGGCUGUUAUUUGCGGUUUAGGAGUUUACGGUUAUACUGCCUCUAUUGAAUAUGCAUUGAACUACUGAGCAAUACAUUAACUUGAGCUUUAGUCUUUUGAGUCCUAAAAACAAGAAUUGAAGAUGAAAUAGACUAAGAACAAUAACUGUCCAAUUGAUUUGGUAUUUAUUUCAAAUUAAUAUAGAUAAAUGCAAAAAGUUU